AAACCGGCAUGUAGUAUGAAGUGCAGCACCACCUUGGUCAAAUCAGGGGAAAGCUUCUCACCAAGUGUCAUUUUGUCUUUGAGCUUCCUCCUCUCUGUACCGAGCAGUGUCACAACAACCCCCACAGAGAACAACCACCAUGAAGAUCCGAGGAAAACAGACCAGCUUCUUUCUAACCUUUGUUUUAUUUCUCCAUGUUGCUGCAGACCUGCAUGUCCUAAUAUCCUGAUAGCACCUGAAGUCCACACAAAGCUCGGGAGCCUGAGAGGUCAGUAUGUGAGUGUAAAGGGGAAGGAGACUGGGGUCCACGCCUACCUGGGUAUCCCAUUUGCCAAGCCACCCGUCGGCCCUGCUCUGAGACUGGCUGCACCCCAGCCUGUAGAGGGAUGGGAAGGAGUGAGAGACGCCACCCGGCAGCCACCCAUGUGUGUUCAAAACAAACAGUUUUCUAUAGAUAUGUUUGAUAAACUCGGUGUGAAGUUGGCAGAGCUCCCAGACAUCUCAGAGGACUGCCUUCACCUCAACGUUUACACCCCUGCAAACAGAGCUCACAAUGCCAAGCUCCCAGUCAUGGUCUGGAUCCAUGGUGGAGGGUUUACUAUCGGGUCAGCUUCAACAUAUGAUGGCUCUGCACUGGCUGCUUACCAGGAUGUGGUUGUGGUUCUGAUCCAGUACCGCUUGGGGCUUCUGGGCUUACUCAGCACUGGUGAUGAGCACAUGUCAGGGAACUUUGGCCUGUUGGACCAGGUACAAGCUCUGAGGUGGAUCCAGCAGCACAUUCACAACUUUGGAGGAGACCCAGAUUUAGUUACCAUAUUUGGGGAGUCUGCAGGCGGAACGAGCGUAUCCCUCCUGCUUCUCUCACCAUUGUCUGAUGGCCUGUUCCACCGUGCCAUUGCUGAGAGCGGCACUGCUGCAAUGGAUAUGCUCUUUGCAAAUGAUCCUCUACCAGCAAUGCAGAUGGUAGCCAAUAUAUCUGGCUGUAGCCUCGAAAGCACGGAGAAGAUCGCUGAUUGCAUGAGAAACCUCGAUAUUAACACUAUUGAGGCUAUUGGGCAGGAUCAACAAUUGAGAAUUACUCCAAAUGUUGAUGGACACUUCCUGACAAAACCUGUGGAUGAGCUGUUCCACAAACAUGAACUUCUCACUGUACCAUUCAUGACCGGCGUUAAUAAUGAUGAAGGGGGCUGGAUACUUCCUCAGUACUUUGCUCCUCCAAACUGGACAGAGGGAAUAGAUCGGGAGCCGGUCAUGAACAUGAUGUUCAUAUUCUACCCUAAUCCCGAAGAUGCGAUGUUCAGAGAUUUGGUGGUAGAUGAAUAUGUUGGAACCGGUGAAGAUCGUGUGAAGAAUAGAGAUGGGUUCACUGAGCUAAUUGGAGAUAUGAUGUUUACCAUUCCAGCCAUUAAGACUGCUAAUGCCCACAGAGAUGCAGGUGCCCCUGUAUACCUGUAUGAGUACCAGCAUCCUCUCAAAUUCCUGCAGUCAAAAAGGCCAAGCUUUGUUGGGAGUGACCAUGGAGAUGAACUCUUUACAGUGUUAGGAUUCUGCUUCACAACUACCCAUAUGAAAUUAGCCGAUGCAUGUGAUGAAGAUGAGGAGCAGUUGAGCAGAACCAUGAUGAGCUACUGGGCCAACUUUGCUCGCACAGGGUCUCCUAAUGGGGGUGGCCUUGUCCACUGGCCAAAGUAUGGAGCAGAAGAAGACUACUUGUCAAUUGAUGUAAAGGAGCAGGUAACUGGUCAGCACCUGAAGAAGGACCGGUUUGUCUUUCUGACACAGACUCUCCCGGAGAAGGUCCGACAACACAAAGAGAAGAUGGAGCGCAGCGAGCUGUAAAACAGUCACCUCACCUUCCUCCCUUCCAUAAAUGUUUUUAUUGAUUAAUUUUAACCACAAACAAGUCAGUCAAAAAUGCAUUAGACAUACUGUGAGACAUUUGUAAAAGUAAUGUGAUGAUAGUAUUUUUUAUUUUUAAAGCACUUCAUGGUCUUGCACCAGCAUAUGUCUCACAUGCUUACAGUGUAUGAACUGGUACGGCCUCUCAGGUCCUCUGGCACGAGUCUAUUAGUUUUAGUCAGGACUAAAACCUUUGGUGGGGCAGCUUUUAGACAUUAUGCUCCGAGCCGCUAGAACAGUCUGCCUGAGGAUCUGAGAGCUGCUGGAGCUGUUGAAAUCUUUAAACGUAAACUUAAAGCCUACCUAUUCAACUAGGCCUUUGAUGAAGAAUGGUUAUUAUUUAAUUCACUUAUUUUGAUGUAUUUAAGUUGUAUAAUUUUAUUGUUAUUUUAUAACAAUUAAUCUAGUGUUAAAUUCACACUGUUUUGCUACUAUUACUGUUAUUAUAGCUUUUAUUUCUAUUUUAUUACAUUUUGUGUGCAUUUGUCUGAAAUAAUUAAAUUGUUAAAUCUGUUGUUUUCACUGUA